AUGCCCCAAUGGGCAAGUGCUGAGGGUGGCGGCUCACAGGCGGAAUCGCCGGAUCAGAUGGUGUUGUAUUACGAGGAUGAAGCUUCCGAGUAUUAUGACAACAAACCGGAUAUUGCCGAUAAAAUAGAACAGGCUGGAGAUUUUUAUGACAGUGGCAGUGGGAGUGACGAACAGAUUGCGAGGCGUGUUUGUCGGCCGCGGCGAGCAGUCGCCGGUUCGUCAUCAUCAGCAGCAAGCGCUAGCGGUUCUUCGGGUCCUGUACGGCGCCGUCGCUGCGGCGUGUCCGCUAGAGAACGUAACCUUCGUAGGCUCGAAAGCAAUGAACGUGAACGGAUGCGAAUGCAUUCAUUGAAUCGUGCUUUCGAGGAUUUGCGACGAGUCAUACCUCAUGUUAAGAAAGAUAAUAGAAGUUUAUCCAAGAUUGAGACAUUAACUCUUGCCAAAAAUUAUGUGAAGGCCCUCACAAAUGCCAUAUGUACAAUGAGAGGAGAAGGCCCUAGAUAUCAAUUCAAUAGUGACGAUGAGAACGUCGAACCCGUAUUCGUAUUAAAUAGGGACCAGGAACAAAAUAAUAACGAGGCGACGGAUCAGGACAGAGAGGAGAGUCCGCCGGGCGUCCGCGACUGCCUCUGACCCCGCACCAGUGACCGUCUCGUCUGUCGUACUGCCAGGCUCGCAUGCACAUCUGCAUAUUAAUGAAUCGGCUCGCUAAAGGGAUUCCUAUAAAUUAUAUUCAUCUAAAGAUGAAUUUUUACUAAAAGAACACAAGCAGAGAACUAAAAAUUAAUUUUAAUUUCAUAGAGCAUUAAGCCCGCCUAUUGUACAAAAAUUUAAUAAAGGUAAAAUAAAGAUAUAGAUAAAUAAUGAAUACAUAUUCAAGAGCUUGACAUAGCACCAUCUAGUCCCAAACUACUAAUCCUAUUAAAAUGUAUUAACUAAUUAUUUUAUUGAAUAUUA